AUGAGCAACAACACAUCUGAGGAGGGCGCGAGCCUGCAUUGGCCCCAUGCAGGUCCUGAUGCCUCUGCUGCCUCUAUUGCCUCUGCCGUCAUCAACGAAGACUACCACAUAAUGGGCCAAGAUUCUAUACCAGCAAAGAGCCUGGCCACCUUGGGCCAGUCAAUCCAGCAACCCCAGCCUCCUGCAGUGCAGACGCUAUCCCCAGCACGCGAGUCCGUCUUCGUGGCCGUAAUCUGCCUUGCCCAGUUCCUCACGCAGGCCGGCGUGGGCUCCGUCCUCGCCAUCCUGCCCGUCCUCAGCGCCAGUCUUGGCAUCACGAACCGCGGCAUCCAGGCCUGGCUGAUCGCGGGCUACAGUCUGACGGUCGGUACCUUCAUCCUCGUAUCCGGCAGGCUUGGUGACCUGUACGGCCACAAGCGCGUCCUGCUGGCGGGCUAUGCAUGGUUCGGCGCGUGGUCCAUCAUCGCGGGUCUCGCAGUGUACUCCGGCUCCGUGCUUUUCGUCUUUGCGCGCGUUCUCUCGGGCAUCGGGCCGUCGCUGAUGCUGCCAAAUGCGCUCGCCAUCCUCGGCGUCGUAUACCCGCCGUCGCCGCGCAAGAACCUCGUCUUCUCCCUUUUCGGCGCCGUCGCGCCAGGUGGCUGCGUGGUAGGCGCUGCACUUGCGAGCUUGUUCGCGAUCACCUGGUGGCCUUGGCUUUUCUGGGUAAUGGGAAUCACGCUACUUGCGAUUGCUGUGCUGGGGUAUCUCGUGAUCCCCGAGGACCCGCGGGUGCUGAGUGGGAGGUCGCUCUCGGUGCUGAAGUUUAUCGAGGCCGUGGAUGCCCUGGGCGGUGCACUGGGGGUUACGGCGCUUGUGCUUGUCAGCUUUGCGUGGAACCAAGCCGGCGUUGUGGGGUGGUCCGAGCCGUAUGUCUACAUUCUAUUGAUCCUCGGCGUCCUCCUCGUGCCUGUCUUCUUCUGGGUCGAGUUUCGCGUAGCUCGGUCGCCACUGCUACCAUUUGACGUCUUGAAUGGAGAGGUCGGGGUGGUGCUCGUGUGCAUUGCGUGCGGUUGGGGCAGUUUCGGUGUCUGGAUCUUCUACGUUUUUCAGUUUUUUGAGCAUACAAGAGGCGCAAGUCCCCUCCUCGCGACAGCAUGGUUAUCACCCGCCGCAAUAACGGGCGCCCUGGCAUCCCUCACUACUGCCUACCUCCUUGGCCGUGCGCAGCCUGCGACGAUCAUGGUAAUCGCCAUGACCGCCUUCACCGCCGGCAGCAUCAUCAUUGCCACUGCACCGGCAAACCAGACCUACUGGGGCCAAAGUUUUGUAAUGAGCUUAGUGAUCCCGUUUGGCAUGGAUAUGAGCUUCCCUGCCGCAAGCCUUAUCAUCUCCAACGCCGUACCGCUUGAGAAGCAGGGUGUCGGUAUGAGUCUCGUCAACACAGUAGUCAACUACUCCAUCUCCAUCGCGCUCGGCUUCGCGGGGACGGUCGAGAUCCAGGUCACGAAGGGUGAUCCGGGCCCAGGGUCGGUGCUAAGAGGGUACAGGUCAGCGUGGUACCUUGGUAUCGGGCUUGCGGGACUCGGGCUGUGCUUCAGUGUUGUCAAUCUUGCGAUAAUCAAGAUUAAAGCGAGAUCGAAGCUGCUAGGAGGCAAAGUCGACGGCAGGUUUGAUCUGGAGCGUGUCAAGCCGAAGUAA